CCGAAAACGGAACGGAAUCGAGAAUAAAAUUAAUAAUAUUGUAUAUAUAUAUUAAUAUUAUUUAUAUUUAUGGACCAAUUUAUGAAAGGAACAUGCUCCGAUAUGUGUCCCCGAGCUGAGAUAGACUUCAUUUUGUUUCGAUGUGGCCCUGUGGCUGCACCAUUUCAAUUACAGACGAAUUCGUGAACGCAUGGUGCACUUUUUCGAAACCGAUCCCGAUGCGGGUCCACCCGGCGUUCCAGAUCGGUACCGAAUGGUGAAAGAGUUUACACGAUCUGCGGCUGGCAUGCGACAACCUAAACCCUCGGAAAUCCGGACACCAAGAACCCUGCUGGAAACGGUGCACUAUCUGCUCACUUUUGUGCUCCCGGACAGCCGCCGUCCGUACUGCGAGCGGUAUGAGUUCAUCUUCGAUCGAAUGCGUGCCGUACGGCAGGAAAUGGUCAUACAGAACUUGCCGCCCAGCGAAGCACUGCCUAUCCUGGAGCCGAUCGUACGUUUCUUGUGCUACAGUGCCUACCGUCUCUGCGAAGCGCCAAUCCGGGAGUUCGACCCGAAAAUAUGCGGCCAGCAUUUGCAGGAAUGUCUGAAAAAGGUACUCCGUUGCUACGAGGAAAUGGACACCGCACUGUUAGCAGACAACAAUCGGUACGAAAUGGAGCGACUUUAUCUGUCGUUCAACAUCGGUAGCCGCGAGGCCACUCAGUGGGCCAUCGAUCGCUACCGUACGGUCAAUCCCGCCCUGAGGCUUCACGUAGCCGUCCAGUUGGACUGUCUGCGUGGGAACUACUACGCCGCGAUGAAACGGGUGGCACAGUUUGCACCCCUCGAAGCUGCCGUCGCAUCUCUGCAGCUCCCAGCGUUCCGUCGAAAGCUGCUCCAACAGUUUUCCGUCGCGUACCAGAGCCGCGUUCAGACCGUGCCACUUGAAUGGCUCGAAACGGUGCUUCGGUACGACGGGCGGGAGUGUUCCCUGCUGACCGAUGACUGUCGACACUAUAACCUUCAGGUAGUGCCACUCCCGGCCAUGCAGGAAGUUUCCGAUGGCAAUGGCGAGCCAGCCAACCGAUGCCACGACUGGGCAGUGAAAUUCGAGAAGUCUCAGUUUGAUGCUCAACGAUCCGUGAUUCCACCACGAAAAGUGCUCUCGGUAGACCGCGCAUUGGACAGGUACGUGAAUAUUUCGGAUGUUUUACUAAACCGAUAAACAAAUAUGUGUGUUUGGUGUUGCGAGUG